CGUCGGUUGGGAAAUGGAGAGAAGCAAAGCAAAUAGAUGGACGAACACCGUUUCACGUGAGCAAUGUGGAAGCUAUUUUUUCGAAGAACCACGCUCAUCCAUCCCAAGCUUUCCCCUUCGAGCAUUUCAAGAACAUAUUGUUCGUCACCGUCUUCUUCUUCUUCUUCUUCUUCACUAAUAUCUCCCUCCCCUUCUGAUCUCACAAACGCUAUUCUUAGUUGCCGAACCCCUCACCAAGCUCUUGGGUGCUUCAAUGCCUCUACGAAACGAAUAAACCCGGUGGAGAAUGCCCAGCCUUUUUCCGCUAUCGUGCACGUCUUAACCAGGGCAAAAUUGUACACCGAGGCCAGGUGCUUGGUAAAAGACAUAAUCCAGAAGCUGCAAAAGUCUCGCAGUCCCCGCCGGGUCUGUCAUCUUGUUUUCGCUGCGCUUAACCGGUUAGAAAGCUCUAAAUUCACUCCCGAUGUGUUUGGAGUGUUAAUCGUUACGUUUUCUGAACUGGGUCUUGUUGAGGAAGCCCUUUGGGUGUAUAAAAAGAUUGGAGCUUUGCCGGCAUUGCGGGCUUGUACUGCGCUCUUAAAUGGAUUGGUGAAAAGGAGUUGGUUUGAGUCAAUGUGGGAACUCUAUGGGGACAUGUUAUCACGUCGGUUGAGUCCUAAUGUUGCCACGUAUGGCGUAUUGAUUGAUGGAUGUUGUAAGCAAGGUGAUAUCUCAAAGGCACGUAAGUUAUUCGAUGAAAUGAUUGAGAAUGGGAUUGAACCGACAGUCGUGGUCUACACAACUUUUAUACGUGGUCUUUGCAGUGAGAGUGAAAUGGCAGAAGCAGAAAAGGUGUUUAAAAUGAUGCGGGAUUCUGGUGUGCUCCCCAAUUUAUACACUUACAACGUUCUUAUGGAUGGUUACUGCAAGAUGGCCAAUAUUAAACGAGCUAUCAACUUGUAUCAGAACAUGCUUGGUGAUAGCUUGUGGCCAAAUGUUGUUACAUUUGGUAUCCUAAUAGAUUCACUCUGCAAAUUGGGUGAACUGAUGGCUGCCCGAAACUUUUUUGUUUAUAUGGCUAAGUUUGGUGUUGUUCCUAAUGUAUUUGUAUAUAAUUGUUUGAUUGACGGCCACUUUAAGGCAGGAAAGUUUUCUGAAGCAAUGAAUUUGCAAUCAGAGAUGGAGAAGUUUGGAAUUUUACCAGAUGUCUUCACUUUCAGUAUACUUAUUAAGGGUCUUUGCAGCUUGGGUAGAGUGGAAGAAGCAGAUGCACUGUUUAAAAGUAUGACAGUAAAGGGAGUCCUUGCAAAUUCAGUGACAUACAAUUCACUAAUUAAUGGAUACUGUAAAGAAGGCAAUAUGGAGAAGGCUUUGGAACUGUGUUCUCAAAUGACUGAAAAGGGUAUAGAACCCAAUCUCAUCACCUUUUCUACCCUAAUUGAUGGUUAUUGCAGGAAAGGAAACAUGGAUGCUGCCAUGGGUUUGUACUCGGAAAUGAUAAUCAAAAGUCUUGUGCCUGAUAUUGUUGUUUACACAGCUUUGAUUGAUGGAUAUAGUAAACAGGGUAACAUGAAAGACGCUCUCCGGCUGUACAAAGAGAUGCUAGAGGCAGGCCUCAGCCCCAAUGUAUUCACGAUUAGUUGCUUGAUUGAUGGACUCUGUAAGGAUGGAAGGACUUCUGAUGCGAUCUCACUUUUCUUGGAGAUAACUAGAGCUGCUUCCACUGGGGAUGAAAUGAAUAGAACAGAUAGUGGCUUCUGUUCCCCGAAUCAUGUGAUGUAUACAACUAUAAUUCAAGGUUUGUUUAGCGAUGGACAGAUUUUCAAGGCCACUAAGUUUUUCUCAGAUAUCAGAUGCAAUGGUCUCAGACCAGAUAUCUUCACUUACACUAUCAUGUUACAGGGGCAUUUCCAAGCCAAGCAUAUGCUAGAUGUGAUGAUGUUGCACGCAGAUAUGCUUAAGAUGGGUAUUAUGCCAAAUGCAGUCAUACACCAUGUUUUGGCAAGGGGUUAUCAAGAAAAUGAAUAUCUGAAAUCAGCUCAGAAGUGUUCUGACGAUUUACUUGAUGCAGGUCUUGGGGUUUUGAAUCAGGAUCCAGGAGGACUGAUGCCAGGAUCUUUCUUGGUUACAGGAAGCAACAGUUAUGAGUGAGGGCCACACUAAAGUUGUUGGAUGUUAUUUCCUCAGCCGGAAGGUUGAUCUUCUUUGAAGGACCUCUGAGACCUUGAGAGGGCAUACAACAGCUCAUCUCUUUCUUUUGCAGCUUGCAGCAUGAUAAGUCAUGUCGACAUUUCAUUGCCAAUGUUUUUCUCUCUACCAGUGGUGUCGCUUGAGCAUGCCAUAUAUGAUCAUUCUUGUUGACUGGUCUUCAACUUUGAGGAGCUGUGCACAUACAUGGCUGUUUAAUGUGGAUAAGAGCUCCUAAUUAAUGGUGUAAAGAGAACAAGCUAGACUGAUUUGAAGACUAGUGAUAUCAGUCCUCUGGGCUUCUUCCUUUUCCAAACGUCAGUUCAACGUACUCUUACAGCUCAGUAGUUGGUGUAAAUGAGGCUAUUAAGAACUCAGAAUUUACAAUACAAAUGAAUAUCUUUUGCUCUGAAAUGGGAUUGUUGCAGUUCUAUGUGAAUACGUGGUGUGAGAACUAAACGGAUUUGGAUCUUCUAUAAUUCCCUGCCCAAAGAGGAGGGGGCCAGAAAAACUGUAGGGAGGCUAUUUGAGAGAGCCUCCUGCUCGAGCAGAGGCUCUUCUACAAUCCCGAUCUGAACUAAAUGGUGGAAUGAUGAAAAGUAAUAGUUAACUGCUGUGAUGAAUCUUUUGGUUUGUCAAACAGUUGGAUUUGUGAACUCAGUUUCUCAAGGUUUCCUCUUAGUCAAGCGUUUGGAAGUUUCCAUAGUUUGGUCCCCUUUAUUAGCACCAAGAAUAAAUGCAUAAUAUGCAUUAUAUGUUCUAUGUAGCCGCUCUG